AGGUUUAAAACGAGAAAGUGAAAAAGUGAAAACCCUGCGUCUCCCUCCGAAGGACCCGCAAAAGCGUAUCGAGGCAUUUAGCAGAAAACCGCUAAACGUGGAGGCGGAAAGAUUUAUAAGGUUGAAGUUCAAAAAGAGUGACAGGUCUGGCCAUCCCUGGGCAGCCAAGAAGCAAGGAUUCUAGUCAAGAAGCUCUGAAAAUCUGUUUUGAUCUUUCUCAUCUACUGUAAUCAAUCACUAUUUCUUCAGUGAAGAUCAAAGAUAUGACUGAGGUUAGUGUGCAAAGUGUGCAAAGUGUGCAAACAGGUUCAAUUCAAAACCCUAGAAUCACUUGGGAAGGUUGUAGCGUCUUGCUUGACAUCAAUGAUGGAGACCGUCUCGUCUUUGCUCGUCUUUCUGCUGGCUCGAAUGUGAAAAUUGGGAAUGUGAAAUGCUCUCUUCAGCCUCUCAUUGGUUGUCCUUUCGGUUCUUUGUUUCAAGUAGAAAGUGGGUCGAAAGGGCCGUAUCUGUCUCGUGUUAUUGCACCUGCUGAAGGUGAUCUUCAAGAAAAAGGUGAUUGCCUAUUGAAAGACGAGUCCAGAGAUAAUAGAUCAUUAGUUGAUGAUAAUAAAGCCCAAAGUCUUUCUGGUGAAGAUAUAGAGGCAUUGCGGAGAGAUGGUGCAACGGGUGAUCAGAUAGUUGAAGCAUUAAUAGCUAACAGCUCAACAUUUGAGAAGAAAACUUUGUUUUCACAAGAGAAAUAUAGACUUAAGAAACAAAAGAAAUAUGCUCCUAGAGUGUUAGUGAGGCGACCUUUUGCUCGAAGGAUUGAAUGCAUACAUGGCCUUGAUGAAAGAAGACUUAAUGGAAAUUGUGGAACAUGUAACACAGAAGAUAAAUUCACAGAGGGAGUAGGAGAGAUAGUACUAUGGCGUAGAACUGGUGUGGAAGCACUGUUGGCCAGAAUAACAGAUGUAGAACUGAUACUGUUUUUUAUUAAUAAUACAAUUUGUUUGACAGGUUCUGGUUAUGUUUGCAAUACAUAUUUUGGAGGUGUACCAUAUCCUAUGGAUAUAACAAGGAUGUUCAACUUCAAUAAUGAAAUAUCUAGCAGAAUUGUGCAGACGUCUCUGAGUGACCUUAGUUCAGCUGAAGGUAAAAAUUCUGAACAGGGUGCAGAGAAUCAUCUUUGUUCAGCUGAAGAUAAAAAUUCUGAACAGGGUGCAGGGAAUGAUCUUUGUUCAGCUGAAGCUAAAAAUUCUAUACAGGGUGUAGAGAAUGGAAGAAAAGAGGUCACCAACUUGUGGAGGCAAAAUGGGUUUUCUAGUUUAAUAGUUGCUGCUCUAGAGCUUGAUACCUGGAGUGCUGUUCAGGAACUUCUACCACUUUUAUCAUAUUCUGCGCCAUUUGCUAUUUAUCACCAAUAUCUACAGCCUCUUGCCACGUGCAUGCACAAUCUACAGAACAGCAAACUGGCAAUCGGCCUACAAAUCUCAGAACCUUGGCUACGCGAAUAUCAGGUGCUUCCAUCAAGAACUCAUCCAUCCAUGCAGAUGAGUGCCUUUGGAGGUUACAUUCUAAGUGGGACAAGGAUAUGUACUGGUGAAAGCGUGCAGCAAACCAGUUAAAUUGAGUUCCUGUGGCCCCCCCGGGAUGUUCCUUUGUCUUCUUCUCAAGUAUCCAUAUUUUGUAAAACAUCAGGUGGUAAGAAAUUUUUUCCCUCAAGGUAAAAGAAAAUGUUUUACCGUGGACAAUUCAUUCUUGGAUGAAGCCUACCAUAUGAAUAUGUGUUUCCUGUCCGUUUUGAGGUAAGGUAGGGCCCUGUGGCUGGAAAAGUUACCCAACGAAGUGUGCUGUAAACUGAAGAAUGAGAAAAAGGGUAUUGGAACUAAUUCCUAAAGAAUCAAAGAAAGAUAAUGAAUGAGGGAGCUGGUUUCCAGCAGUCAUAUCUGCCACAUUUCAGUUUAGUUAGUGCUUACAUUCACUGAUGUGUUGUCCAGAUCCUCCUCUAAUCAUGUUGAUUAUCAUUUAAUUUCAACUUUGCCAUCUUAUGGAUUAUGUUUCA